AUGGAGAAGGCGCCAGGGCUCUCUCUUCCCUUCGUGGAUGCUGAAGAUGUUUCAAUCAGCGCGCAGCACCAGAAGCCCACCAAGCAGUGUAGCAGCGGAGAGUGGGAUUCAUCUGUACCUGAAGAAGGCCGUGCAUUGCUGGAUGAAAAGGGUUUAAUUCCUGUACCGUUUGCAACGCGUGUUGUGAGUUCUUUAAUAGCGAUGCUGCAGGGAGUGGAAGUAUUAUGCAACUUGGCGAUAUUAUAUUUAUUUAAAGAUGAUUUUCGUAUAGAUCCAGCACUUCUAGCGGUUGUUCUGGGGGCUCUUCGUCUACCUUGGACGGUGAAGCCUCUCUGGGCUCUUGCUGCAGAUAAUUUCCCUCUAUUUGGAUAUCGUAGAAAAUCAUAUAUCUUUUUAGGUGCAUCUAUGUGCAUCGUUGCAACCCUAGGAAUAGGCUUAGGGGGCUAUAAGUCUCUUUAUGCAACAACUCUGCUUCUUCUUCUAUACUUCUGGGGUUCUGCUAUCUGCAAUGUCAUAGGAGAGGCCCUUGUAGUUGAAGCUGGAAGAAGAGAUGUAAAUGAAGAGGCUACAGCGCGUACUGUGUCUGUUUUCUUUGCUUUCCGCAAGCUUAGCUUUGCUACUGUUUCUUAUCUGUCUGGAUUGCUGCUGGCAGUGAUGGCGAAGCAAUACGUCUUUGUUGUUGCUGCUGCACUGCCUGCUGCUGUUCUUUUUGCUACUUUUGCUCUUGAAGAACCGCAAAUUCAAACAGUAUUACCUCCAAAGCAGCAAUUCAAAGAGCUCUGGAAAGUUCUCAAACAACCCGUACUCCUCAACUCAACUCUAUUCAUCUUCGUCAUGAUGGUAAACCUACCUGCUAUUCAUGCUCCUGCUGAUGCUGCUGCAGUUGAUGCUGCUGCUAAUGCUGCUGCAGCUGAUGCUGAUGCUGAUCUUGUUGCAGCUGAUGCUGCUCGAAAUGCUGCAGAUGAGGCUGCUGCAGGAGGUGCUGCUGCUGCAGGAGAUGCUGCGACUCCGUCAGCUGGAUCUAUAAUGUUUUAUUUCAUGACGAACGAACUGCACUUCGGGCCUGAGUUGCUGGGGCGUAUGGCGUUGUUCCAGAGUUUAGCUUCUCUAGGGGGUAUUCUGGUGUAUAUGUAUUGCUGCAGCAGCACCUCUAUUCGCAGACUUCUUUGCGUUUCUACUCUGGCCGUCACGCCCUUCUGCCUGCUGCCAAUUGUUGUCAUUGAAAGGUGGAAUGUUUCUCUGGGCAUUCCAGAUUCUGUAUUUGUGGUCACUGACACGGUUCUGAUGGAAUUCGCAGGAGAGUUUCAAGCAAUGCCCAUUUUGGUGUUGGCCGCUCGCCUUUGCCCGCCGGGUUUGGAGUCGACGAUUUACUCGGUGCUCCUCUCUGCAUACAACUUGGGUCUGGGGUUAGGCUCGCUGGUUUCUGCAGGAUUAACGGCUGCCUUAGGAAUUUCAUCAACGAAUUUCAAAGGGCUUUCUGCGUUAACUGCAAUCUGCGCAAUCUCGAAUUUGCUGCCUCUCUGUCUUUUAUGGUUAAUACCCUCAACAGUGCGGGGCCCGCUGUCUCCCUCUCAACUCCGCAUAGCAGGAAUAAAAAGAAGACAUAAGAACCCAGCGGAAGAAACAGAUUCAACUGCAGCAGACUCCGAUGCAGCAGCUGCAACAGAAACAUCCGCCAGCAACUCCGAUAUGGAAGCAGGUAGCAGGCCUUGGCGAGCUGGUGCAAGCAGCAGCAGCAACAGCAGCAGCAACAACAACGGCAGCAGCAGCAGCAGUGAUGGAUCUGUAACGAGAAGAGGUACAGUGCAAGUUGUUGAUGGAGAUGGUACUGAGGUAUACGCGCCGUUUAUUUCGCGAGAUUCAUUUGCUGCUUUGCAUGCAGAAGAAGUACUCUUACAAAGGCGACCCUCUAAACAACAAAGCAUAUUUGAAUGCGGGGGCUCUGGUGAGUGCGCCGUCCCCUCGCAGCAGCAGCAGCAGCAGCAGCAGCAGCGCUGGUAG